AUUGUGAGAAUUCAGUUGUUCCACUCUUUAGUGCUGAACAAAUUUUCGUCCACGCAGGAUUUUAGUUUCUCAAACGUGUAGAGUGAGGAAAGAAAAGUAUUUUCUUUGUGAAUAUUGUAGUCUAUCUUCGGCUAUAAUAUAUGUACGCAUUGCGUCAAAAAUGAAGUGUCGCUUCUCAUUGGAAAACAGCUCCGCUCCAUCUAUGCCCGUGCCUUGUCGACAAAUUUCUAUUUGUCGGAUGCGGCGGGACGAGAGCUCACUUCGAAUGGGGUUUCUUUCCUUGCUGCGAUCAAGGAAGUCAGGUUUCGUUCUGGAAGGUGAUGAAUCAAGCUCGGCACGCAGUAGUGGAAGUGUCGCUCCUUCAACAGAGUUAGAGGGUGCUGCUUAUGUCUGCUCCGCUUGCAAGACUCGCAGUUUUAGGAGCUCGGGAAGGCCACUGAAGGUUUUCUUUUCUGACGAGCUCAAGGCAGCUACCAACGACUUUGGGUUUUGCAACUACAUGGCAGACGCAGAGGGUGGUCAUGUAUUUAGAGGAGUUUUAGAAGGAGGCGAGGUGGUUGCCGUGAGAGUUAUAUCGGACGCAUCAGUCUUUCAAUCUCGCAAGCAGCUCUUGGGCCGCAUUCGGUCGCCUAAUAUUGUGAGACUGGUAGGCUACUGCGACGAAGGCGACGACAGGAAAUUUCUUGUUUAUGACUUCAUCUGCAACGGCUCUUUGGAGUGGCAUCUAACAGUUCUCACUCGGAAUGCCAUGGGUUGGUCUAUAAGGAAGUCAAUUGCCGUGGGAAUAGCCAAAGGUUUGCUUUACUUACACAGCUACUCAAUCGUACACAGGAACUUGCGAUCUAGGAACGUUCUCUUGACUCAUGAUUAUACACCAGUUAUUACAGGGAUGGGCUAUGCAAAGCAUAAAACUCAACCAGCUUUUCCAAGUCCUCCUUGUGUCACUGGCUACUCUGCUCCAGAACAUUUCCGGGGGCAUGCAGUGGACGAGAAGAACGAUAUCUUUUCCUAUGGUGUCAUACUGCUGGAACUCAUCACUUCUCGAAAGGCCAUGGAGGAUUCAAGCCAACGCCUUCUGACAGAAUGGGCGUCCCCGCUGCUCCGAGACUUUGACCGCCAAAAGCUCGUCGAUCCCGAGCUUGGCUGCGACGAUAACAACACCUACGAGCUUGUCACUAUGAUGAGCAUUGCGUCGCUCUGCUUGAACGAAGAUCCACUGGAAAGGCCAAGCGCAAGCAAGAUUUUGAGCCUGCUAGAAGAGGAUUGUGACGGGGAGGUUUUCAGCUCCGACGAUGACUUGUCUACUCUGUCGCAAGCUUCGUCGUCGCUAACACAUCGAGCGGAGAAAAAGGUGACUUGGAAUGCUUGCUCUCCAGUAAGAAGAGGUCCUUCUCGUCGCCUCUCAUACAAUGUCAUGCUAUCUUAAAAAAAACUAUGGUUCUUCUACUAAAGAAAUUCAAUCCUUUUCGUUGCCUA